AUGAAAAUUAAUUCAUUAAGAAUUGCACCAGGUUUUCCUGGAUUAGAAGAUCAUCAACAAAUACAAAUAUUAGUUGUAAAUUUAUGUGAAGAUGUUAUGAUUGGUGGUGAAUCUAGUUUUUGUAAAUUAUUAAAUCGAUUAAAUGACCAUUCAGUUAAAAAAGUUGGAGAUCAAGAACCUCAUUAUGUAUAUAUUAAAUUUAUAACACAAAAUGAUCCUUUAAAUUUAAAAUUUGCUAAUCUUCAAGUUUAUAGAAGAAUUUUUGCUGUUAUUGGUGUUGCUUUUUUAAAUGAUGAUGAUAAUAUUAAAGAAACAUAUGAUAAAUAUGAAAAUUUAAAAAAAAGUUGUGAUGAAGAUGCAUUAGUUGAUAAUAGACUUUUAAUAUUUGGUGGUAAUAAAGAAAAAAUUAAUGGAGAAAAUUUAAGAGAAAUUAUUUAUUAUGAAAAUUUUAAAGAUACACAAACAUUUAAUUAUGAUAUUCAAGGAUUAUUAAAAAAUGUUAUUAUUAUUUUACAAAGUAAACGUCUUGAAGAUAUUAAUGAAGUUAAAAGAUGUCCAUUAUUAUCUGGUGAAGAAAAAUAUCAAGUUGGUUUAGAUAAACAAUCAAAAAAUUAUAAAAAAAAAUGUAUUGGAAGAUUAAAAAAACAAAUAGGUGAUCUUCAUAUGCUUCUUGGAUUACCUUCACAAGCUGUUGAUAUUUAUAAUAUUGCAAUUGAAAAUUUAAAAAGUGCAAAUGAUUUAUUAUGGCUUGCUGCUGCAUAUGAAGGAUUAGCUGUUGCUAGUUAUUAUGCUUUAAUUGGUAAUGAACCAUUAUAUGAAGGUAAAAAAAGUACUGUACAAAGAAAUCAUACAAUAAAUAAUUUUGAUACAAAAAAUAUUGAUGGAACAUAUAAAAAUUUUAAAAAACAUUCAAGAAGAAAUUCAGAUGAAUUUACAAAAAAUAUAUCUACAACAUUUGAUGAAAAAAUUAAAUUAAAAGGUUUUUUAAAAAAUAUUGGUAAAUUAACUAUUGGUAAUAAAGGAGGAUUUAUAGAUAUUCCUAGUAUUAUGGAUAAAUUUAUAUUAUCUAUAGAAAAUUUUGAAAGAUUUUCAUAUUCUGCUAAAAUAGAAUAUCAAUGUGUUAUUAAAGCAGCAUCAUUAUUAUUUUGGGAACAUGAUUUUAUUAAAUGUGAAGCUUUUCUUAGAGAACAUAUUGGAAAAUAUUUAGAUGAUAGUUUUGUUACAUUUAAUAAUUUUGAAAAAAGUUCUAUAUGUGUUGAUUGUGCUAAUAUAUUUAAAGAAAUGAAUUUUAUGAGAAAACAUGCAUUUUUUUCAAGACUUGCUGUUUUAUUUAGAUUACAUGUUAGUGAUGAAGAACCAAGAACAGAAAAUGAUUAUAAAUAUGUUUAUCCAUUAUUAUAUAAUACUUUAACUGGAUAUGGUAUACAAUUAAAAUCACCAUUAGAUAUUAAUAAAAAAAAAUUUAAUUUAAAUAUAUCAGGACCUAGUCAAAUACAAGUUAAAGCAAUUCAAGAAGUAUUUAUGUCUUCAUUACGUGGUGGUUUAGUACAUUCUUCAAUUAGACAUCUUUGUUUUUUACUUCAAAAUUAUUAUGAUCUUUUAGAUCAAAAAGCUAUAGAUUCAAUGUUAGAUGAAUUAAAAAAAUUAACAAGUAAAUUACAAGAUAAACAUAAUUUAAAUCAAAUAAUACAAUUAGAUUAUUGUAAUGUUCUUAUACCAGCAGUUCAAUGGACAAAAUUUCCAACAGUUAUAGAUAUUGAAUUAAAACCAUUAAAACAUAAUUUAGAUAUUAAUAUAAUAACAAAAAGAGGAAGUUAUGGUGAUAUAUUUAUUUAUUCACCAUUUCAACAAGGUCAUAAUAAUGUUAAAAUAUAUUGGUCUGUUGAUUGUUACUCUACAGUAACAUUAAAAAUAAUUAAUUGUUUUCAUUUUGAAUUAACAGUAACAAAUUUAAUACUUCUUGUUGAUGGAUGUGAUUUUGAAUCAAUUCCAAUUAAAUUACAUCUUCCACCAACAAUUAAAGGUCAACAACAAACAAUUAUAGAUGUUGAUAUGCAAGGUUUUCCUCAUUCUGAAGGUACACUUAAAUUUAUCGGGUAUUCAUGUGAAGUUUUGGGUGUCAAAAAUGUCGUUAAAUUUGACAAUGAACAAUUUAUUAAAACAAUUAGAGUAUUACCAAAAUUACCAAUUUUAGAAGUAGAUACAACAUUAGAAAAACAACUUUUAAAAGAAGAAAAUCAUUUUGAAACACAAACAGAAGUAACAUUAUUUUCUGGACAAAAAUUUAAUCAUACAAUUACUAUUACAAAUACAAGUGAUACUAUAAAUAUUAGAAAUAUACGUAUAAAAAUUCAACAACCAAAAAUUAGUGGUGGUCCUCAACUUAUAUCUAUUCUUGAAAAUUUUAAUAAAGAUUUUAUAUUAUUACCAAAAACAAGUAAAGAUUUUAAAAUAUCAAUAUAUGGAAUUGAUCCUACAACUGCUCCAGAAAAUACCACUGAAACAUUUCCUGUUUCAUCUCUUUUUUCAAAACAUAUUUCAGAUAAUAAUUUUUCAAUAGUAAGUAGUACAAAUAAUUUAUUAUUUUCAGAAAUAGAUGAACAACAAAUUUCCCAUGAUCUUAUUCCAUAUAUAGGUCGUCUUUUAAAUUCUACCAUAAAAAUUACCUAUGCAGCAGAUCUUGAAAAUGAUAAUAAUGAAAUAUAUGAAAGAACUUAUUCAAUUGGUAUUGCAAUUAAAAUAAUUCCAGCAAUAACAAUAUCAAAUUGGCAUGUAUUAUCAGGUGAAGAUGCAUCAACAAGAUAUAUUGUUUUAGAUGUUAAUAAUUUAACUGAUUAUGAUGCUGAAUUAAAUUAUCUUCAUAAUAAACAAUUAUCUGUUCAGGCAAAAGAUACAUGUAGAGUAUUAUUAUUAUGUUCAUGUUGUGGAGAAAUUAGUCCAUUUGCCUUUUCUCAUGCCUCCCAAAGACCAUCUUUUCAUAUGCAAAAAGAAGAAAUUGAAAAAUUACGAAGAAUAUUAGAAGAUCAUGUUUCAAAUCAUCUUAAUAUUAAAUGGUCUAUUCCUAAAUUAAAUAUAAAUGGAAAUGUUCCUGUUGGAUCAUUAUUAAGUUCAGUUUCUUGUUUAAAACAAUUAGUUGUUCCACUUUUGACAGUAACCUUAUCAAUUAAUAUGAAACCAUAUACAAGUGAAGAUGAUAUAAUAGUUUAUAUAGGUGAUAUAGUAACUUUUAAUAUAACAUUACUAGUUUCAACAAAAGCUUCAUUCAAUUUUUCUGGUACUAUCAGUUUACUAUGUUUUCAUGAUCUUCAAAAUGGAGAAGAACAUAUAUAUGUUCCUGAAAGUUUAAUAUCUAUCGGAAGUUUAGUUGUUCCCUUUAAUGUACAACCUCAACAAUCUGAUGGUCUUUUAAGAAUUGUCUUCAAAAAAGAUUUCCGUUUUAUGUUUAGAUAUGAAGGUAUCUAUAAAGUUAAACCUAAUAUAUUUCUUAAUAAAUGUAACAAUAUUGAAGAACAAAAAUUGCUACAAUCUGCUGAAAAAGAAUUUUUUAUUUCAACAGCAAGUUUUAAUGUUACUACAAAAGGCACCAAAUGA